AAAUGAAUUGAGACUAAAAGCACAACCAAACACAAGCCCUAGCAUGGCAUCCAUAUAUCCACGUCCCAUUUGUCUCAUCAUCACUACGUACCAAGGUUCUGUAUCCCACGCCAUCGAUCCGCGUACUUAUCCUUUUCACCAAUCAGAAUCAAGCUUUUUUGCGCCGUCUCCUUCACGUCCGACUAUUUAAGCCCGAACAUUUCCGUUGCUUCUCAUCUUCUUCCUCCCCGAAUCAGUUUUCCUCCUACAUCUCGCAUUCAGCCUUGGCGGUCGAAGAUUCGGUUCCUAAGUCCUAGAUUUAUUCGAAGCAGUCUUAGUGAUGUCGGCGGAAGAGAACAACGCGACGGCGGUUGUGGAUGCCGGUGGUGCUGACGCGGCGGCGAAGGCCGGGAAAGGGAAGAAAGCCAAGGAGGUUAAAGCGAAGAAGCCGGUGGCGAGGAAGCGGAGUGCUUCGACUCAUCCUUCGUACGAAGAGAUGAUAAAGGAUGCUGUCGUGACGUUGAAGGAGAGAACUGGAUCUAGCCAGUACGCGAUUCAGAAGUUCAUCGAAGAGAAGCACAAGCAGCUUCCUCCCACCUUCAAAAAGCUGUUGCUGCUCAAUCUGAAGAGACUCGUCGCCGCAGGGAGGUUGGUGAUGGUCAAAGCAUCCUUCAAGCUUCCUUCCGGCAAGUCUUCUGCGCCGACGCCAGCGUCAAAUUCUCCGGCGAAGAAGAAGAAGACGACAGCUGGGGUUGUACCCAAGCCGAAGGAAGCUAAGGGGUCUAAGAAAUCGGCUGCGGCUAAACCCAAGGCGGCUGCUGCGAAGAAGCCUAAGCCCAGUGCUAAACCCACAUCGAAGGCGGUGGCUGCUGGAUCUAAGACGAAGAGGGCUGCUUCGUCGAAGCCCAAGUCCGUGGAAAAACCAGCAAAGGCGGCGAGGACAUCGAGCAGAGCGUCUCCGGGAAAGAAGCCGGGGGCUAAGAAGAAAGCUCCGGCAAAGACGGUGAAGUCUCCAGCGAAGAGGGCAUCGGCGAGGAGGACGAAGAAGUGAAGUGGAUAGUGUGAGGGCUUCUCUAGGGUUGUAAUUUGUAAAGCUUUGUACAAUUGAACGAUUCGAUCCUAAGAGGACUUCUCAUUUUUUUUUGUUGGUUUCA